AUGACUCCUAACUUCAACGAGUAUCCCUUGCAAAGCAUCGCGGUCCCGUACCAAUACCAGGUGCGAGACUGCGAUGAGGAACAAAUCGUCAUGAGAAGCGAGAUGACGUUGUUUCAGGGCACCGGGGUAGGAGAGAAGCUAAAAAAGCGUGAAGCAGAUGAUGAGUCGGAACUGAAAUACGAGCAAAAACGGUUCAAGAAUGGUCAGAAAAUCUACAACGGUGAGGAACUUGUCAGGACACCCAGCGUGGAUGGAUUGUUGAAAUACAGCAUAAAUGACGAAACCGACGAAGCCGUCGCACACACGCGUACCGUUCCACAGGUUUGCCACAACGACAAGGCUCUGGAGGACUCGCCGAUAUCUGAGGCCCCAACAGCUCCUAACAACGCCAGCGGCGUUGGCAAUAACAAUAAUAAUGGCCUGCCUCUGGCAGGUGGCCAGAGCGACGAUGGGUUACCUCUCUCACCCAUAGCGUCUCCAAGCAAUACAGCCUCGGUCGAAGACCUAUACAUGCUGCGCAAUACUGUGUCCCAGCAGGAGUAUCUGGGCGCUGUGACCACGGUAGCUCACACACAGCUGUCACCGGCGGCGUACAGAAACCUUGUGUUCCAGCUCAUCAGCAAACUCUCUCGUAGCGAGCUGUCGGAUCUGGGCACUCUGGUGAAGGACAAUCUCAAACGCGACUUUAUCAGCUCUCUACCUGUGGAAGUAGCGAUGAACAUCUUGACAAAACUGCGGUUUGAAGAUAUUUCAAAAUGUCUGGCCGUCAGCAAGACUUGGAACAGUCUUCUGAACAACACACCCUACAUGUGGCGCAAGCUUAUGGUAAGUGAGGGGUUCAUGUCUCUCAAUGAAUUCAAAAAAUACAAGGAAACCACGGCACUCUCGCGACAAGACCCUCAACACGAAGACAUGACCCGUGUCAAGUUCCUGCAGAAUCACACGUAUCUUAAAAACUGCUACAGUGCAUCGUUCAAACCACACAGAACGACGUUGCGAGGUCACUCCGUCAAGAUCGUAACGUGCCUCCAGUUCGAAGACGACUACGUAAUAACGGGCGCGGACGAUAGAGUCAUACGAGUCUACGAUGCAAAGGAAGAGCGUUUCAUCACUCAGCUAAGCGGACACGACGGUGGGGUGUGGGCUCUUAAAUAUGGUCAAGAUGGAAUCCUGGUCAGCGGCUCUACCGAUCGCAGUGUGCGUGUGUGGAACAUCAAAGAGGGCAAAUGCACACACGUUUUCAAAGGACACACCUCGACCGUGAGAUGCCUAGACAUUGUUGAGCACCAGGGGCAAAAAUUUAUAAUCACCGGAUCCCGCGAUCACACUCUACAUGUGUGGAAACUUCCGAACUGUCACGAUGAGAGUUAUAAUCCCAACACUUGCAAGGUUUUCAGCACCACUGAUUCCAAUCCCUAUUUUGUUGGCAUUUUACGGGGCCACAUGGCUGCUGUGCGCACUGUUUCUGGCCACGGCAACAUUGUCAUCAGCGGUUCUUACGAUUUUAGCCUCAUGGUCUGGGAUAUUGCGCAAAUGAAAUGUCUGUACGUACUAACGGGCCACACCGAUCGCAUUUACUCCACCAUUUACGACCACGAGCGUAACAGGUGUAUAUCAGCAGGGAUGGACUGGACUGUGAGGGUCUGGGAUUUGGAAGACGUGCAAAAAAACGGGCAUUGUAACGUCAUUGGUCCGACAAAUAGCGGUUGCAUUAAGGUUACGAAUUCUAUGCUCACACUUCAAGGCCAUACGGCGCUAGUGGGACUUCUGGGACUCUCCGACAAGUUUCUGGUGAGUGCAGGGGCUGACGGAAUGCUCCGUGGCUGGGAUUCUAAGACCUACUCUCGCCAGUUUGCGUAUCAUUCCAAAGAUAUGAGUGCAAUUACCACUUUCUACGCCAACAACAAUUUGCUCGUGAGCGGUUCCGAGGGCCAGUUCAACGUGUACAAUCUCAGAAACGGGACCCCCAUCCACUCAGAUCUGCUGAGCGAUGCAGACCAAGUGUGGUCGGUAAAGUUCAACAACAGAAAGUUCGUGGCUGCCGUCGAACGGGACGGUCACAGUUUUCUCGAGUUUUUAGAUUUUGGCAGGUCAGAAGAGAAAGAAGGUGACCACACUUAA